GCCGGCGGGGUUUGGACUGACAGUCGGCCACCUGUGCCAAUCAUGACACCAGUGGGCGGAGCUAAGCGCCUCAGAGGUGUGUCUGAAAUAAUGCAAGUCUGCAGCUGCAUUUGGCGUCUAAGUCGGGGAGUAAUGGCAUGAUUUCUGCGCUUCAUGCCGUCUAGCAAAGCUUUUGGUUUUGGGUUGAAAACUACACUUGAGUCACCAGUCAGGCUUGGACGCACAGAGGGGCGAGCGAAAGCACAGUCCGGAUAAGCUGCAAACUUAACUCAAGAGGCUGCACAAGUCUCCAAAACUCGCGAUCUGAGGACGCACACGAACUCAUCCUCUAGGAAGGAGGGAUACGCUUUUGGACAUGUGAACUUAAAGGAGAUACCUGCCAAGCACAACCAUGAAGCCAACGACUGUCCUGUGCUGCUUCAGCUCUCUCCUGCUGUUUGGGUUCGGCUCUUCUCAAUCAGUAUGUACUGGUACCGAGAACAAGCUGAGCACAUUGUCGGAUCUGGAGCAGCAGUACCGCACGCUGAGAAAAUACUACGAAAACUGUGAGGUCGUGAUGGGAAACUUGGAGAUCACGAGCAUCGACCGGAGCCGCAACCUCACCUUCCUCAGGUCUAUCCGAGAAGUGACGGGCUACGUGUUAGUGGCCCUUAACCAGUUUGACCACCUGCCAUUGGAGAACCUGAGGAUCAUUCGAGGAACAAAGCUCUACGAGGACCGUUACUCGCUUGCAAUCUUCCUCAAUUACAGGCGUGAUGGAAACUUUGGCCUGCGACACCUGGGCCUCAUAAACCUUGCAGAGAUUCUUUACGGAGGCGUGUAUGUCGACCAGAACAAGUUCCUGUGCCACGCCGACACAAUCCACUGGCAGGACAUAGUGAAAAACCCAGGGUUCCAUCCUGUAGUCGUUCCUUCCAACAGCAGCGUUACAUGUCCAAAAUGCCAUCGCUCCUGUAAUGGACGCUGCUGGGGGCCAAAGGACAACCAGUGUCAAAGCUUAACAAAGACGGUGUGUGCUGAACAAUGUGACGGACGCUGCUCUGGCCCCUAUGUUAGCGACUGCUGCCACCGGGAAUGUGCAGGUGGCUGCUAUGGACCAAAGGACACAGACUGCUUUGCCUGCACAAACUUCAAUGACAGUGGGGCCUGUGUUACCCAGUGUCCUCAGCCAUUCGUCUACAAUCCCACAACCUUCCAACUGGAACACAACCCUAGUGCAAGAUACACCUAUGGAGCCUUCUGCGUCAAAAAGUGUCCACAUAACUUUGUCGUGGACCAUAACUCCUGUGUAAGAGCCUGCCCCACCAACAAGAUGGAGGUGGAAGACAAUCAUAUUAAGAUGUGCAUCCCUUGUACUGACAUCUGUCCAAAAGCAUGUGAUGGAAUCGGUACAGGCAGCCUGCAGACAGCUCAGACGGUGGACUCCAGCAACAUUGACAAGUUUGUUAACUGCACCAAAAUCAACGGCAACUUGGUGUUUCUGAUCACUGGAAUCAAAGGAGAUGUCUAUCACAACAUAGAAGCACUGGACCCAGAGAAGCUCAAUGUUUUCCGGAGCGUUCGGGAAAUCACAGGUUACCUUAACAUCCAAUCUUGGCCAGACAACAUGACUGACCUGAGUGUUUUCUCCAACCUGGCAACCAUCGGAGGAAGAGCACUAUACAGUGGGAUUUCCCUGCUGGUGCUAAAGCAACAAGGAAUCUCUUCAUUCCUGCUUCAGUCCCUAAAGGAGAUCAGUGCAGGAAAUGUGCACAUCGCUGAGAACACAAAACUCUGUUUUUACAACACUGUUAACUGGACAAGGCUGUUCCGAUCUCCAACCCAAAAGGUUCUGGUCCGCAACAACCGCAAACCCCUGGAGUGCUCGAAGGACCGCAUGGUCUGUGACCCGCUCUGCUCAGACGAUGGCUGUUGGGGUCCCGGCCCAGAUCAGUGCUUGUCCUGCAAGUUUUUCAGUCGUGGACGAUUUUGCAUUGAAAGCUGCAAUCUUUAUCAAGGGGAUAUUCGAGAGUAUGCCAACGGGUCAGUGUGUGUGGAGUGUGAUUCCCAGUGUGAACAAGGAGAUGACAACACUUUGACUUGUCGUGGCUCGGGCCCAGAGCAUUGUGUGAAAUGCCUUCAUUUCAAGGACGGUCCAAACUGUGUGGAAAAGUGUCCCGAUGGGUUGCAGGGGGCCAGCAGCUUCAUCUUCAAGUACGCUGAGGCCAACAACGAAUGCCAUCCCUGCCACCCUAACUGCACCCAAGGGUGCAUUGGACCAAGACUCCAAGACUGCAUUGGCUGGAUGGACAGAACCCCUCUAAUUGCAGCAGGAGUGAUUGGUGGCCUCUUCAUGGUGGUGAUCAUGGCACUCAGCGUGGCCGUGUCUGUACGGCGGAAGAACAUUAAGAAGAAGAGAGCCCUUCGCCGCUUCCUGGAAACAGAGUUGGUUGAACCUUUGACACCAAGUGGAACAGCUCCUAAUCAAGCCCAGCUUCGCAUCCUGAAAGAAACUGAACUUAAAAGAAUCAAGAUUUUGGGAUCUGGAGCGUUUGGAACCGUGUAUAAGGGUAUUUGGAUCCCAGAAGGCGAAACAGUGAAAAUUCCCGUGGCCAUUAAAAUCCUCAACGAAACCACCGGACCCAAGGCCAAUGUGGAGUUCAUGGAUGAGGCUCUGAUCAUGGCCAGCAUGGAACACCCUCACCUGGUGCGACUGUUGGGUGUGUGCCUGAGUCCCACAAUCCAGCUUGUUACACAGCUGAUGCCUCACGGCUGCCUGCUUGAUUAUGUCCAUGAGCACAAGGACAACAUUGGAUCACAGCUAUUGCUCAACUGGUGUGUCCAAAUCGCCAAGGGAAUGAUGUAUUUGGAAGAGCGCAGGUUGGUCCACAGAGAUCUGGCAGCUCGAAACGUUUUGGUCAAAUCUCCAAACCACGUAAAGAUAACUGACUUUGGACUGGCUCGACUCCUGGAUGUCAACGAGAAAGAAUACAACGCAGAUGGAGGAAAGAUGCCUAUCAAAUGGAUGGCUUUGGAGUGCAUCCAUUACAGGAAGUUUACUCAUCAGAGUGAUGUUUGGAGCUACGGUGUGACCAUAUGGGAGCUGAUGACUUUUGGAGGGAAACCAUAUGACGGAAUUUCAACCCGAGAUAUUCCAGAUCUGCUGGAAAAGGGAGAGCGCCUUCCCCAGCCGCCCAUCUGCACCAUUGAUGUCUACAUGGUCAUGGUCAAAUGGGGACGACCGAAUGAAGCUGCCGAGUCCCAAUGACAGCAAGUUUUUCCAGAGCCUCCUGGAGGAGGAGGAACUCGAGGACCUGAUGGAUGCAGAGGAGUACUUGGUGCCCCACUCCUUCAACAUUCCACCUCUGGCAUACACGCCUCACUCCCGCGUGGACUCCAGCAAGACCCAGUUCAGCUGCCAGGAUCCCGGUGUGAGUUUAGAGGACAUACUGGCCUCCCUCCCCAGAGCAGUUCCACCCAUGUCUGGAGGAAGCCUUUCUCCACAGGAACUUACUUCUGGUAGCAGGUUUGCUCACGUCGGCCCGGAUGACCCUCGCUGUAACGGAACGCUGAGGAGGCAGGCCUCCCCGAGAUCAAGCAAGAUCAUGGCUGGUUCGGCUCUCGCUGCAGGACAAGGUGGAACAGAGGACAGCAGUGGGCAGCGUUACAGCGCCGACCCCACUGGUGCUUUGGCUGAACGCGGUGCAAAGGAUAAGGACAAGGAUGGCUUCGUAGCUGCUAUGAGGGACAAGAACGUAUCAGAUUACCCCCACCCCGUUGAGGAAAACCCUUUCGUUACACGUCGCAGGAAUGGGGAUGCCCAUGUGACGUUCGAUGGAGCGAGUUGCCACACCCUGCAUUUGGCCAGAGCAGCUGCAGCCCCGAAAAGCCAGCCCUCAUUCGGGGAUGAUUACGUCAACGAGCCACUGUACCUGAAUACAUUCCUUAACCCCGGGGACAAAAGCAGAUUGGCUGUUGCUAGCUUAAUUUCUACACCUUCUACUGUACAAUCAGUUCAGCAGACAGUGAAUCCAUCAACCUCAAGCCACAAAGUUUCCAGCGCUGGAUAUGUAGUAACCCCUGGCCACCUUCCCCACUCGUCGUAUCCGUCACACACCUUACAUCCAGGACAUUCAGGAAAAGCUCCGCAUUCAGACGUCACCAGCAACACCAUCAUGUUGGAAAAGAAAGGCAAGAAAGCCACUUUUGACAAUCCAGAAUACUGGCAGCACAGUCUCCCUCCCAAGUCCUCAUUGCACAACCCCGAGUACCUGCAGGACUGCAGCACUCGUUUUUUCUACCGGCAGAAUGGACGCAUUCGACCCGCAGUGGCCGAAAAUCAGGAAUACUUGUCCGAGGCUGCUAUGAAAGCAGACUGACAGAUGAGCCUGCUGCCCGGGGAAAUACUUUAUGAUUUGGAGUGACCUUGUGCUGGAAGACGGAGUGUGCUGGCGGAGGCUGUGGCACCAAGUCACCUGGUUGAGAGCGUGUUAUAGAUGAUGGGAGGACAUUUGGUUUGUGUGGAUAAAACACUUUAAAUCUCCCUAUUUUUAUUUCAUGACUUGAAUAUACAUUAAAAUAAAUGUGCCAGUUAAACAAACAGCCAUAUCAAUAUUCACUUAAUGUGAUUUUUUUUUUCUCGUUUGAAUGGUAUUAUCAACUCUUUGCAACUUUUGGUACAUUAUUAAGUCAUAAAAAUUGACUUACCCAUUCUUUUUUUCAUUAAGAGUGUUAUUUAGGUAUAACUUAAUUAACUUUGACUCAAUUUGAAACAGACUUUGUGACAUGACCUUAGCUGUAAGAAAAAAUAGCAAUAUCGUACCACUUAUCAGAAAGAAAAGAUCCUUGAAGUCUUUGAGACAUGGUGUGUCUGAAAGGCAUAAAAGCAGUUUUGAAAUGCACUUAUGUGUAUUAUUGAAAACAACAAUCCUCUUGAGUGACUCACAAUCAGGUCUCUUGUGUUUCGGAGGAGCACAUGGAGGAUCUGCAAGAACCUCUCUACAGAAAAUGUUUAAUAUAUAACACGGUGAGGGAAUGGGACUCCUGCUUUUUUAAUGCUUUUAACAUCCUUCGUGUGACAUGACGGUCUAGUUUCCUAAUAAUGAUGGGUGAUACCACACGUUUUUAGAUUCAAUACUAUACAGAUUGUUCAAUACCAGUCACUGAUAGCAAAUACUGCUAAUUUUUUAUUGGUGGUACCAUCAAAAACUGGCCCGAUAACAACUUUGAUGGUUAAAACCAUUACCAAAAAUAUAAAAUCACCUACUGAAGGGUAACACCCACAACUCACAGCUCCUCUGGUCAUGUGACUCAUGGGGCAGUUCACUAUGAUGUGGGCAGGGGGGUGUUCCAGCAAAAAAACACUGGAGUAAUUCACUUAAUAACCAAAAAUAUCUAAAAAGGACACACGCACUAUUAUUUUUUUCAUUUAUUAAUCAGUAAUUUAUGGGGUAGUCAGUACCACAAUUGGUGAUGUACAGGAAUCUAUAUUAAGUAUCAAUAUUCUCAUCACUGGUUUCUAACUUUCUGGAUUCAUACAGUGUCAUUACAUGGUAUUCUUACCUCCAGCUUGCUGUUAUGGUUAAAUAAAUACAGAAGCAUAACGUAAUCCCAAUGACAAAAUGAAAACAUGGGUGACUAAUAAUUGAUUUAAUAUAGUUAAUACUUCAAUUUAUUUUUAGUUUUAUUUUCAUUCUACUCACAUAGAAGCUCCACUGUAAAGAUUUGAACAGGGUUGACAAAAAUUGUACGUUUUUCAUCUGAAAAUAGUGGUUACUCAUGACAUCAGCAUGUGUUAAAAAUGUAGCUAAUUGAAGAGAAGCUACUUUUUUCAUGAUGUUAGCGGAAGCAUCGAAAACUAAAAACCUGAAUUUGUAGUAAAACUGACAAACAGGAUUCUACCUCAUUAUUAAUAUUAGGAUAUUUCAUUUUUUAUUCACACUCAUUCACUUUCAUAUUUAGACUUUCUUUAAAUGGGUUCCUAAUUUUUUGACUAACACUCACAUGAAGGUUUUUAUUUUAUUUGCAGUAAAUUUAAAUCAGAUGUUCCAGAUUUCAUGUGUUACCUCACUUCAAAUUGCUUUAAAAUUACAUUAUUUUUCUUUUUUGGCACAAAUAAUCAUCACUUUGAAUGAAGAUUUGGUGGACAGUAAUGCAUGGUAUUAUCGUGACACCUACCAUACAAUUAUUAUGGUGGACAUUACUCAGAUUUAUAAAUGUACCGAGUGCAACAGAAGGCAUGAUAAAAGAUAACCCAAUGUCAUGAGUUUUUAUGUCAUGGGCUGAAACAUUUACGACUCUAAAAUAAAAAAAUAUGACCCAAGAUAACUUAGACUGACAAGAAAAUAAAAUCAUAUCACCCUAUUGUUGUGCAUGGUAGUCAUGUUGUCAUCUUAUUGUGAAAGACGGUAACAUUUCACAGUAACAAAAUGAGACUGCCUAAUCCCUGUACAUGUCCCACUUCUGAUGAACACUCCAAAUUACAAGCACUGUUACACAACUUUGUGCCUCUCUAUUAAAUAUUCAGAUAAGCAGUGCGAAUGAUUUACAAAGCACAGAUGUUGCCCUGGUAGUAUUUUUUCUGCCUCUUAGGUUUUUAUGGAGGAUCAUUUAAACCCAGUUGAGUUCCAGCUGAGGCACAAGUUAUCAAAUCAUAAUGGGACAUUAAACCUAUUAAGAAAGUACAAUUAAAGAUUAGUGCCAUGUAACUACUGUAGACACGCUGAUGAAAUGUUCAUUUUUUAUGCACACCUUUACUGAAAAAAAAUAGUCAUUUUGGGCUUUUGUUCUGCUGAUAUUUCAAAUAACCUACUUUAGUUUUGCUAAUGUGUUUCUGUCUUUUGUUUUAACUUUUUGUAAGUUCUUGUAUUGUAUUUUCCAGAGUAUAAGUAGCAAAAAAAAACAUACUCAAGACGAAAAAUAUAUAUAAGUUGCUUCAGAAUAUAGCUUGCAAUUUUAAGAAAAAGGUGCAAUGCUUCUGAACAAAUUCGCCAAUUUAAAUGUCAAAUUCUCGUCCACUGGCUCUUUUGACGCUAGUCAAAUUCAAUGUUUGUCCAAAAAUGUGUUCAUGAAUCAGACGCUAACCUCAAUGUAAAUAAGAAAAAAUAUCAUAAAGUUCAAGAUGAGAAUAAUCAGAUUCCUUUCUAUGUUUGUUUUGUAUGCUGCUUUUUCUUCUGCGUUGCUGUUUGUAGCAAAUACUGAUAUACCCACCUACAGUGCCCUCUAGUGGUUGUAAUUGAAAAAAAAAAAACGCUGGUUAUUACUAGGAAAAUGGUAAAUAUAUGAACCUAUUUAUGUUUUUUAAAAAUCCCAUUUAAGUCAGCUGUGAGUAUAAGUCGCACCCCUGGCUAAACUGUACAAACAAUGUGACUUGUACUCUGAAAAAUACUGUACAUGUUUUGUAUUUUUUUUCUCCCAGAUGUGUCAAACUGCCACUUCACAGUUGGAAAGUUCUGAAAAUGUAUCGCCCACCAGGUGUUGGUAGCAGUGCUUGUAGACCACUAUACGUCCAAGUAUGUAAAAGCAACAAGAACACCAGAGAGUCCCCAAAAAGGUUUUGAAAUGGGCCUCUGUGGAAAAGUAAAGCCAUUCUGGAGGAGAAAACCUCCCAUUGCUCUCAGCCAGUAACCAUCACAGGAGGCUUUUAACUUUCCAAAUGCUAAUUCAUCCACUUUCCCUCUUGUUGUUCUGCUGGGAAAUCAUUCCACCGUGAGGUUAGAACCGGGGUUUUUAGCAUUCAAGAAAGGUUACCCACACAAUUCAUCAAUAUAAGUUAAGUUAGGAGAAAAAUGUCCGGGUGCACUGUAACAUGAAAGGGGGAGGGAGGGUUUAAAUGGCACUCUUUGUUAUUCCUCAUGGGUGACGGGUUGGAUGAUGUGUCACAAACUCUGUUCUGCUUGCAGAUGCAGUGGCACAUGGAGGGCAGCCGUGUAGAAUUAUUUCUUUCAAAAUAAUGUUUUGAUAGUCAUAAUAAUGGAAAAAAGAAAACAAAAAGCCCAAAAGAAGUCAUGAACAAAUGUAAACAUGGGUCAUAUUUUAUUGUGAGAAUAUGUCAUGCCUCAGAGAAAAAGUGAAUAAAUUAUGUAAAGCAAGCAUUCAUUUAAAUAGCCGGUCAUGCUGACUGCUCACUCGGAAAAUGGUCCUUAAGGAAUUUUUGAGUGUUUGUGAGCUCAUGUCUGUGUUAAAGGACUAGACGAAGACAUGCGAAAAUAACGAGAAACUGUUUUAUUCUGACAUUUAAACAAGUUUUAUUUUGAUUUUUUUUUUCUUAGUGACCCAUGACUGUAUAUAGAGAACUGGACUGAGUCACCCUUUCCCCUUCAUAUUCCAAAUAGGAACUACCCGCUGGCUCCAAGAAAUCCUAUAGACUUCUAUUGAGAAAUAAACAGCUAUAACUCAGGACUAUAAACAAACUUACUUACGAUUAGCGACAGACGUUGCCAUAGAGACGUUGACUCGGACCAAUCCCUGUCAUCUGACUCCAUCAUGGUGACAUUCAUAAUCCGUAAAAAUGGCUACUGAAUUGGCUUCAUUUCACUGGAGCUGUAGGAAAGGAAUAUUCUACUGAUGGCAUCACAUCCACUCAGUCCAGUUCUCUAUAUACGGUCAUUUAUUUAUUUAUUUUUUAUAUAUAGUUUUAAAUCAACUAAGUUAUACUUAAUACAUGUAUGGAGGAGGAUGUCAAGGUCAUUUUCAAGUUUUGCAUCAUUGCCAAAGGAGAUUAAAAAAAUUAAAAUCAACAAGUUUAGAUCUUUUAUAUUUAGUGUUCUAAGAAAGCUUUAGUCGGUCGGCUUUCCCAUGUCAUGAAUAAAUAAUUUACAAUAAUGUUGUAAUUUUCAUCUAACACAAAACGAAAAUGUUCAUGAG